AUUCUCACUCAAAACUCAAACUCAACAAAAAAAAAAACAGAGCAUCAUCAAAAAAAAAAAAAAAACAGAGAUUUGUUGUUGUUUUCAUCUUCAAAUUGUGAAAAGGGAAAUCAGAAAAUUUGUCCGAGUUAUAAUAUUUUGAAAUAGUUAUCUCGAACAUCUCCAAAAUUUCUCUGCGUCUGAAAGUAGUUGCAGAAGAAGAGAGAUGUCAGCAGGUUGGAUUGACAACGCCAGCUGCCAUCAACAACAACAAGAAGAAGAAGAAACCCCUUAUAAAAUGAUAAUGAGUGAAGAUCAUCCUCCCAAAAAGCCAGUCCAAAAACAGGGCAUUGUUUCUGUACUUUGCUCUGAUUUUGAGUCUAACAAAAUAUUACCCCAAAAUUCUAUUAGAAGAACUCUUUCAGCUGCUGACAUGUCCUCCCAGAAAUGUCUGACUCUCAGCUCAUCUGCUUCUCUCAAGAGGGUUCAUUCCUCUCUCCAUUUGCAACCCUUAGGGGAACACCACAAUGAUCACAACAACAACAACAACAACAACAACAACAACAACAACAACAACAACAACAACAACAACAAGGCUGGUCAGGCAUUUGAGGAAAUUUGGAGCUCUAUCCAAGCUGACAAGAAGAGUUGGGGUUCUAUUCUCACUCCUUCCAAAACUACUGACAGUUCCGGUUCCGAGUCGGCCCAGCUUCCUCCACCAUACGUUCACCCUUUGGCGAAGCGUACGGCGAGCUCCCUCAGUGAGAAGAGCCUUGAGAUUUGUACUGAGAGUCUUGGGUCGGAGACCGGGUCUGACGGGUUCUCCUACCCGGGGUCCGAGCCGGAGGAGGAGGAAGAAGUGCAAGAACAAGUGCAAGUGCAGGAACAAGUAGAGGUAGAGGUAGAGGUCGAGGUCGAGGUCGAGGUCGAGGUGGAGGUCGAAGUGAGUAACUACAAGUGCAACAACAACUUGAGGAGUGGUCCCACUCUUAGUACUAAGAGGUCAAUGAUGGUCCCUUGUGCAAGGCCGUCAUUCCCUCCUCCUCUUCCUUCAUUGGCUUACCGAGAUGAUGGGUCCAACCUUCACAUCCGGUCCCACCGUCAAGACGGCCGCCUUGUCGUCGAAGCUGUUUCCGUACCAUCAGUGAACUGCUUCCGUGCCCAACGACAAGACGGCCGCCUGCUUCUCACUCUCAGUAAUGGUGAUCAACCACAACAACAGGAGGAACAACAAGAUGAGAUGUUCAAUGAUGAGGAUGCUGUUAUCGAAGAUGAUGAUAAUGAAAAAGAAGAAGAAGAAGAAGAAAAAGAAAAAGAAAAAGAAAAGGUGUUGGGUAUAGCAAAGGGAGUAAUAAAUGUGCAAAGGUCAUUGACAAUGAGCAAGCUUAUGGAGUUAACCAACACCCGUAACAAGUCCACAUGGCCUCGAAACUACAACACAAGAAUCAUCAAGACUCUGAAUGACAAUGAGGAAGAGGUAAGGAUGACACAAUCAGUCCCACAUCACACAAGGGUAAGCACAGCUACAGCUACUGCUACUGCUACUGCUGCUGCAGUGGCCCUGAACGCAUAUGAAUACUACUGGCGACGGAACAACAGCCCCGCAGUAGCAAUGCUGAAUCCACUAGUUGGACAAAAGAAUAAUAAAAUAACAACUAGGCAGCAAGUGGAAAAAGAUACUGGUAGCAAAGGGAAUAACAACUACAAGUUGUUUUAUAAUAAUACAAAGGAACAAGAGGUGAUACUAGUGAAAGCUGCUAGAACAAUAAUAGGAGAAGAAGAACAAGGACCAAAGGCAGAGUAUCUUGUUCCCAUUAUGCUUAGAGCCUGUAAAGAACCCAAGAGGUCACUCUUGUUCUGGGAGCCUUACUGCAUUGCUACCUCCUAAACCCAACCCAACCCACCCCACCCUUACUUUAUCCUCCUUCAAUAUUCCACCAUUUUCACUAAUCACCUUAAUUAACUCCAUCAUCAUCAAGUUAAUCACUUAAUCUUAGCUCAAUUCUCAUUAAUUGUCAUCCUCUUUUUAUUGCCAUUUUAGGAUUUUUAAUUAGAUAUCUUACUAUGUAGUCGUUCAAUAAUAUUGCGAAAAGAAUUGUGUAAAGGAGGGAGAACUGGUUUUUGCA